GGAUCAUAUAAAUAGUGUCAGAGGCUCCCAUUAAGCAGCAAUCCCAGAGGCAGCCGAGACUGUCAGGUAGAAGAGAAGGCAACACUCAUAAGAUCACAUGGCACCAGCAAGGAUGCUGCUACUCAUUUGCAGCCUGACACUGACUCUCUGCUUGAGCGACAUCUCAGCUUUGAAGAUCGGGGCAUUCAACAUUAGGGCUUUUGGAGACUCCAAGAUGAAAAACCCAGAAGUAUCAUCAGUUCUUAUGAAGAUAUUGCCUCGCUAUGAUAUCGUCAUUAUUCAGGAAGUCAGAGAUGCUGACCACAGUGCGGUGAAGUUACUCAUGCAGAGGCUAAACAGCUUGAAUACCGGACCUGUGUAUUCCCAUGUGAUCAGUGACACGUUGGGACGGGACGCAUAUAAGGAGCAGUACCUCUUUAUAUACAGGAAUGACAAAGUGACUGUGGAAGAUUCCUACCACUAUCAUGACCACUGCAUGUACACCGGAAAGGACACAUUCAGCCGGGAACCUUUUGUGGUCAGGUUUAAUGCUGAAGGCACAGUUGUUGAAGACUUUGUACUGAUCCCUCUGCACUCAGCACCCAAGGAUGCUGUUCGGGAGAUAGAUGCCUUAUAUGACGUCUAUGAAGAUAUAAUGGAAAAGUGGCAAACUGAUAACAUGAUUUUCCUGGGGGAUUUUAAUGCUGGCUGCAGCUAUGUCACUGACUCUGACUGGGACAACAUCCGUCUCCGUACCAAUGAGCAAUUUGCCUGGCUAAUUCCUGACGCCACUGACACCACUGUAGGAAAUACCUGCUGUGCCUAUGAUAGGAUUGUAGUCAGCGGUGCAGACUUGCAGGAGGCUAUAGUCCAAGACUCAGUCAAGGUUUUUGACUUUCAGAAAAAAUACAAACUGACACAGGAGGAGGCUCUCGCUGUGAGUGACCACUUCCCAGUAGAAAUGGAGCUGAUGUCAGCUUAAAGCGGACAACCUUGUGUCAGAAGCCAGAAAUCCAUCUUUACGAGGAGCAUUACACUUCCACUCCUUCCAUUAACUGAAUUGUAAAGAACACAUACAUUUCUAUAGACUACAAAGGACAUAUGUACUUUCACUACUUAUCAUGAAGUCCACUAUUUGCAUUUCCCCUUUGAUUAGAAUUUACUACCCUAAGAAUUAUAUGGAGGGGAGACAUCACCUUAUUGUUGCCGUGUAUCAUAUUUGAUCUGCCAGAUGUUUUCAUACUUUUUAGGGUGAAGACACACGGAGCUACUUAGUAGCAGCUAGUAACUCCAGAAAAUACCCUGACAUAACCAAUACUGAGAAUUGCCUCUGCUAAAAGAGACAAUUAUCAGCCAGUGAUCAGCAUUAUCUAUUUUAGUAUCUACUAGUAGCUCUGUGUGUCUUCACCCCUAAGGUCCAAGCACCCUUUGCAGUCCAGGGUCGUGAUUGCAUCUUUAUUCUCCAGACAUCAGCAGGACAACCUAAUUAACAAAAAACCACUAUAUGGGGCACUCUUGUGUGGUCUAUGGAGAAAGUCAAUGCCAUACAUAAGAUCAAACUCGCAUAAAUGUAAAUGCAAUAUAUAUAAAUAUAUAUUAUGUCCUGUGGGAACAUCAAGUUUUGCCUUAAUGUAUUACCUUUAAUUGCAAAACUCAGGAAUAUAUAUCAUUUAAUGGGUACUUAAACUUGAUUGAGACUAUAAUUGAGUCCUAUAUUUGGGGAUGGAUAGUGAUAAGCAAUAUCACCAUACAAAGAAGUCUGUGAAGGCCCUGGGCAGGUAGUUGGCCAAAUGCCCUAAAGGGCCACUUGUGGCUUGCAGGCCUUUGUCUGGACAGGACUGAUCUAAAGGCCUAUGCAAUUUUUGUGUUGUAUUUUGUGACUAUGUUUUUACUCAGGUGUAAUGAUGUGUAUGAGCCUCCUAAAAUGCCAUAAAACAGCUUUAAUUCAACCAGUUGCCUUUAAUCCAAAGUAUCCCCCAAAGUGGCAGCUGGCAAAGGAUUCUCGAUAUGGAGAUCAAAAAUACCAAAAGGGCCUCUGACUGUACAUCACUGUUUAACCUGUUGGCGCUACACACAUUCCUGUGGAUCAUGCUUGAGCAGCAGAAUAACUGUAUUAUGUAUGAUUUGUGCAAUAUUAUAAACUGAUGUAUAAUAUUAUAUCUUCUAUUUAUUAUUUUAAUAUCAUAUAUUCUAUUCUAAAUAAACAUUUUACAUAUGAC